AAAAAAGAAAACCCGGCGAGAAGAGCGAGCGCCGGGCCGGAACCGGCUCUCCUCAUCGGCCGGGAAGAGGCGUCCCGUUCUCUUCGGGCGCCGACGCUCGCGCUUCUGGUUUUUUUUUAGGAGCGCGUUUUGCGGAGUUUAGCGUUUAGUUUGGUUUAGUCUGCGGGCAGCGUUUGCGUGGGGCGGGAGUUUCUAAUCUCCGAUAAUCGGACACGCACCACGUGAGGUUUGAAUUUUUUAGAAGUGGUUUUGUUUGUGUGGGAAAUGCGCCGGAUUUCGAACCCACCGAACUGACCCGAAACUCUGGAUACACCCCCAUCGAACGGGCUGCAAUGUCAAAACCCUGCAGCCUUCGACCGUACAUUCCGAGAACCAUCUCCGAUUCGCCAUCACCAACUCCACCACGUCCGAUGCCCGGACCCCUCGCCCACCACCACCAACCCUGAACCCGAUCGUUUCCGGUCGCCGCGCGAUAAUGUAGCCACCCAUCGCGCCAAGAAACCGAAACCGGAGACUCCGCCAGCCGGCUCCUUACGACCAGCACCAGCCGCCUUAUCAGCGGCUUAUCGCGCAGCCGACGAUGCCGGCAGUACUAGUACCCAGCGACCGUUCGUCGAGCACGCUCCGCGCCGCGUCCGGCAUGUAGACGAUUCUGCGACAGGCCGAAUCGACCAGCGUCCCGCGCCCCGCUCGAAGAGCCAGAGCAAGAGCAAGUACUCGCCGCCGCCGGGGCCCGAUUGCGCCGCGACCGGCGACCGGCAUUCGCGCGUCGCACCGCUUCGCCGGCUGAAGAUGAUCCGCGGCGGACUGAAGUGGAAGGAGCGCGCCGUGGUGGGCCUGUGCGCGGCCGUGGUGCUGUUCACCCUGUUGGUGCUGGUCGACGUGCAGAUGGACUUGGGGCUGGCCGGGCGGCCCGCUUUGGUGGCCGGCCACGGGAGGGUGAGGUAUCUGUCGCCCGAGGAGAGGGCCGACGGUGUGUACGGGAGGUUCAGGAAUAGGUUGUUGCAGAAGACUCAAAGCGGCUCGGGCGCCAAUAUGUCGAAGGAGAGCCUGCCGAACGAGCAGUCGGUGAUCAAAGGCAUGAAGGAAGGGCGGCGAGAGGCGGCGGUGGGCCCGCCGCCGCCGCCGCGCCAGCACGACGAUUUCUCCGACGUGAUGGACUACGUGGCGCUGGACGCGGUCGAAAGGAAGAGGUUUCGCAGCGCCGAGGAGCGGCCGAGCGCCGUCGUGAUCGACGAGGCCAGGAGGCGGGCCAAGAAGGAGGCGCCCAGCAUAGGGAGGCUGAAGAAUAUGUUCAUCGAAAAGAACUCCACCAACCUGGAGAAGUUCCAUUAUUACAUUUCCCAAACGGAAUUGUACCCGGAGAAGAGCCCGUACGUGGAUAAAAUCCUCCAAGAAAUGGCGGAGUUGCUCAUUGUGCACGCUGCUUUGCCAGAAUCCGGUUUUAAAAUUUUGAUAAGGGAUUUAUUCGGUAACGGACAAUCCGGUGACUAUGAUAAGGGCGCUCAAAAAACCGGCGGGACUCAACUAAAACUUAUCAUCGACUACGUUAACGGCAUGAAUGCGCUAUUCAAACCGAUGAGAUUCCCCAGGGAGCAGCAGACUCUUCCCAAUCACUUUUAUUUCACCGACUACGAGCGGCACAACGCGGAAAUCGCGGCGUUCCACUUAGAUAGAUUGCUGGGCUUCCGGCGGGCCAUGCCGGUGACGGGCCGCCUGCUCAACAUGACCUCCGAGCUGUACGAGAAGACCGACGGCGAUCUCUUGAACACGUUCUUCGUAUCGCCCAGCGAGAACCUCUGCUUCCACGGCAAGUGCUCCUACUACUGCGACACCUCGCACGCCAUCUGCGGCAAUCCCGACACGCUCGAAGGGAGCUUCGCCGCCUUUUUGCCAUCGCAGAAACUCGCACCCACCAAGGUGUGGAGACACCCUUGGAGGAGAUCGUACCACAAGAGGAGGAAAGCCCAAUGGGAGACGGACCCGAACUACUGUAAUCUCGUCAGGGACAUCCCGCCUUAUAACAAAGGAAGGCGCCUGUUGGACUUAAUGGACAUGUCCGUGUUCGACUUCCUCAUAGGCAACAUGGACAGGCAUCACUACGAGACCUUCAAGAUGUUCGGGAACGAUACGUUUACGUUGCAUCUGGACCACGGCAGAGGUUUCGGUAAACCUUUCCACGACGAAUUGAGCAUCCUGGCGCCGGUUAUUCAGUGCUGCUUAAUCAGACAAUCCACAUUAGAGACAUUGAUAAAGUUUCACAAUGGUCAAACGAAACUUAGCGAAGCGAUGCGAAUAAGUAUGAGCUCGGAUCCGAUCAGCCCGAUUCUGUGGGAACCCCAUUAUGAGGCGCUGGACCGAAGAGUGGAAAUCGUCCUGAGAACUAUAAGAGACUGUUUGCAGAAGGGCGAAAAUCCCAUUUCCGCCAACUAUAACGACACGUAGGGAUGGAAGUUAACCAAUUUAUUUAGUGCAUAAGUUUAUUUUUUAUAAAAGUAGGAGGAAAACUUCCGCUUGCAUCCGUAUAUUGUAAAAUGCAUUCAUAUAUUUGUAAUGUAAUAUUUUGGAUUAUAAAAAGCGUGUGUAUAUAUUUCUAUAUCGGAAGGGUUUUUUCUGCUUGUAUAAAAAAAAGUGUAUAAAAACUUUGUGAUAUUGUAAAUUGUAACCAGAGAUUUUUAAUUUUGUUCCUAAUUAAAUCCAAAGGUUUUGAUGGUGUAAAGCGAUAAGGAAACCGAAUCUUUAAUAUAUUUUUGUUGAUUUGUCUGUUAUUUUAAUAAUUAAAUAUAAAAAAAAUUAUUGUGCGAAUCUCGCGUAUGAAAUAUCGUAAAAAUACCAUCCAAUUUAUUUAUUAUAUUACCAAAAAAAAUGUAUGUUAUAAUUCGAACGCAAAAUAAAAA